AAGCCUUCCCUAACUCCUACAACAAGCAGGCAAUGGUCGGUCGUAGUAUGAGAUCAGGAACGUCGAAUGUGCGAAGUUUUUGGCAAGCCAGUGUAGCCGAUGAAGAAAGAGCCAGGCGGGAAACGAUUCGCUCUGCUUCGUCUAAGCCGUACAGUUUUCCACGAUGGCGAUCUACAGACGCGCUAUCGGCAUCACUGGUCGCCUCGAACAACGUCGACGUGCCAAAAGAUAGCCGCAUACCUGAGCAGCGGCUUCAGAAGAUGAAAGAAACCGAAAGAUUGGCGGAAAUCCAUAAACCCCCUCGUUUAAUCUACAUUCUACUCAAGAGAUCCAUUCCAGAAGCCUUUCCCAACUCCUACAGCAAACAAGGGAUGGUCGGUCGUAGUAUGAGAUCCGGAACGUCGAAUGUACGAAGUUUUUGGCAAGCCAGUGUAGCCGAUGAAGAAAGAGCCAGGGUUCAGUCGAGCACAUACUACAGUACAGAGGAUACUACUACUGGAUGUCGAACACCGUCUUAUUCCAACGGAUACGAGCACGUAGAGAAGUCUACAGUACAAAGCCUGGAUCAAAUCUAUACCAACGAGGAACAGCUUUUCAUGCUUUACAUGAAACAAAAUCCAGAGAUUAUGUCGAGCUUGGGUAUCGCCUGCAGUUCGGCGACUCGGCAAGUGUUAGAGAAUCUUCCUCGAAUACCUGUGGAACUUCGCCUUAUAGAUGACAACAACUCGGUUUUCUCCACAUCCCCACGUCAAGGUAGAUACCUGAAGAAAGGUACUACCGCGCCAUCCAAUCAUAUUUAUUCCAAAAUACGAAAGCACGAACCAAGGGAAGUCCAUGAGCAACCUCAUGUGGAGGCUUUCCCCGAGAAACGAAUCGGAUCGUUGAUCAAAUCCGAAAUAAAGCAGCUACGAAAGCGUGAAGAUGAGUUGCACGAAUCCAGAAAGGAACUUGGGCUCCCAACGUUGCAGGAAAUGAUGGAACUUUGGAAACAAGGUCCUCAGAUGGUCACGUUGAGAUCUGCCGCUCGUUUCGAUCAUCCUCGAACGCCGGUAUUGCGGUCAUCACAAUUGACUUCAUCGAAUGGAUCUGUGGAUUGUUAG